AUGGACGGUUCUCUACACAACUUGUUAGCUCGCGAGGGAGACAAUGGCCACUCUCAGGGUCAACGUGCGCUGGUAGUGACAGCGGUACUGACCGCUUUUUCAACUGUCAUUGUUGCCAUGCGGUUUUAUGCACGACUUGGCUUGAUGAAAAUCACCGGUCGUGAAGACUGGGCGAUUCUGAUCUCCUUGGUGUUUGCUCUGGUUUAUCUCGCCCUCGUUGCUGCUCAACUGCACUAUGGCAUGGGAAUCCACUCAGCUUUGCUUUCGAGUCAUGUUCUACAGCAACAACUCAAGUGCUUGUGGGCUGCUAUCCCUUUUUACAACGCCAGCCUGGCAUUCACCAAGUUCUCCAUUCUUUUCCAAUAUCUACGCAUCUUCCCUGGCAGGUCUUUCCGCUUUGCUUGUUACAUUAUGAUAGCCAUAGUGGCCACCUACUCAUCAUGGGCUAUCAUCAGUGGCUUUGUGAACUGUGUCCCUGUCGCCAAAUUCUGGAACCAUGAUCUUCCAGGCAACUGCUUAAGUUUCGAGGCCGUCUGGUUCUUCAAUGCUUCGAUGAAUAUCGCAACGGACAUCUCACUGCUCCUGUUGCCGAUGCCGCUCCUUUCCAAACUCCAACUGCCCCGCAUGCAAAAGCUCGCUCUCAUGGGUGUCUUUGCCAUGGGUAUUCUGGUUGUGAUCACAAGUAUUCUUCGUCUCUCAAGUCUCCGUCAAGUUGCAAAGAGCACCGACACCUCCUAUAGCAACGUCGGGGCCGCCUACUGGACAGCAGCAGAAUGCAACGUCGCAAUCAUUUGCUCCUGCCUCCCCUUCCUACGACCAAUAAUCAGUCGUAUCUUCCCCAAGCUCCUCUCCACAAACAGAUACAACGGCUACACAACCAACAAUAGACCAACCGUCACAAACAUGACCACAACCCGCAGCCAGGCACGCCACACAGGGCUCUUCAGCCAGAACCACGACAAGGACUAUGAUAUGUAUUCCAUUAAUGUCAAGCCUGGUGACCGUAUCGGCCACAAUUCUCUUGAUGGUAUCGAGGUUACCACCGAGAUGCAUAUCAUGCAGGAGUCGACAAAGCAUGAAAAUGAGUUGACUAAACAUGAGAAUGUUAGUGAGCGCCGGUUAGUUACGGAUGUCUGA